GCGGACAGCAAAGCAGCAGAAUUCGUACAACAAAUUAUAUUUCAACUAGUUUUUGUGCAAUAUUUUGAAAAUUUCCCUUAAUAUAUAGAAGUUUACCUUACUUUAUGAAGCCAUAGUAUCUAGUGCACUAGUUUAAAUCACCAGAAUGUCGUCGCCCGAAGCUAAACUGGAGCUCUACGAUGAUUACGCCUCGGCCACGGAGUCAAUGGAGGGCCAAAUGUCCGUCCCAAAUGCUACACGGAACACCACAGAUCCCGGCGCACCCAACUUCAGCACACUGGACGAACCCAUCAAAGAUACAUUCCUUCGUGACGUGAAAGCGGUGGGUAUCAAAUUCUACCACGUCCUGAUACCACGGGAAAAGAACACCCUGCUGCGGGAUUGGGACCUGUGGGGUCCGUUGAUAUUGUGCACACUGAUGGCCACGAUUCUGCAAGGGUCGGCCGACGACGUCCAUGACGGAGGGCCGCAGUUUGCCCAGGUGUUUGUGAUAGUGUGGAUCGGGGCGAUGAUUGUGACGCUGAACUCCAAGCUGCUGGGAGGGAAUAUAUCCUUUUUCCAGUCGGUGUGUGUCUUGGGGUACUGCUUAACGCCAUGUGCUGCAGCCCUGCUGGUCUGCAGGAUAAUCUUGAUAGCAGAGCAAACGCAUUUCCUGUUCUUUUUGCGACUCUUGGUCGCAGGAGUGGGCUUCGGAUGGGCCACAUAUGCGUCCAUCAUAUUUCUCGGGGACAGCCAACCAAUCAACCGGAAAGCUCUAGCUGUGUAUCCGAUCUUUCUGUUUUACUUCAUCAUCUCGUGGCUGGUAGUGUCGCACUCCAACGUCUAACUAGUUCAAUGUGGAUGGAGACUUUAGUAUGCAAUUAGGCCGAUGUUUUUUUGUUCCCUACAGCCACCGAUCGUAUGCGUGUGUGUACUUGAAGAUGAAGCGACGAAAGCUAAUGCUAAGCUAUGCUAAGGGUGAUAAAUCUAUUCCUAGAUAGACAGGUAUUGUGAUUGUGAAAGUGUUUUAGUAUGGUAUUUGUAUAUAAUCGGAUCACUUGCCCUCGUGGACUAAGGCUACAGCAAAAUAGUCAAAAUCGCUUUUUAAAUUACAACCUUGGAUACCAAUUAGUAUCAUGAGUUGUUAUAAUUGGAGAUAAGUCCUUUUGUACCAUAUAUUUUCACUGUCUUGUGCACUUGAAGCAUCCUUAUGAGAAUAAUAAAAGUACUCUACAAAUAAA